AACCACAAAAGCGAGCUUUUAAGGAAGUGAAACAAUAUAUUCAAAGAGCCCCCACUCUAGCUCACUAUGAUUACUCGAAAAAUAUUGUAGUUCAGGCAGAUGCCUCCAGCUUUGGUUUAGGCGCUGCUCUAAUGCAAGAAGACCAAAACAAGGUCCGCGAGACAGUAGCAUACGCCUCGAGAACACUAACCGCGUGCGAGAAGAAAUAUAGUCAAAUCGAAAAGGAAGCCUUGGCGCUGGCCUUUGCAGCCGAACGCAAACAGCUAGUUCUAGCCGACUCUCUAUCACGUAAUCCCCUGGAACGAGAUCGCGACGAGGGAAGUGAGCUCUCAAACGAAAUCGAGAGUUACGUGCAAUUCAUAGUAGGGAACAUACCCGCAUCUAAAAAUCUUAUGGAUAAGAUAAGCGAAGAGCAGCAAUGCGACUAUAUAUGCUCCAAACUAAAGGACUAUUGCUUAUCAAAAUGGCCUUCUAAGUCCCAACUACCAGAAGGCCUAUUACCAUAUUUUCAACUCAAAGACUACAUUUCAUACGGCGAUGGAUUCCUAUUGUAUAACACGAGAUUGAUUAUACCACCCACCUUACAACUAGAAAUCAUCUCUAGGAUACAUGAAGGCCAUCUUGGUAUCAAUAAAUGCAGAGACAGAGCAAAACAGUCGGUAUGGUGGUUAGGAUUAAGCUCGCAAUUAAGGCACCUAGUCGAAAACUGUCCGAACUGUAUUCAAGAACGGAAAAACAUUAGCCAACCAUUCGUGAAAGAAAACUUUCCCGACCGACCGUGGCAAAAAAUCGCUCUAGACCUCUUCAAGGUAAAUAAAUGGUACCUUAUCGCAACCGACUAUUAUUCCAGAUUCUUCGAAAUAUGUUCUCUAAAGACCAUGUCCGAACACGAAAUAAUAGAUAAGUGUAAGAACUUAUUCGCCCGAUUCGGCGUCCCAGAAAUUGUAAGAAGCGAUUGCGGAACACAAUUUUCGUCAGCUUUCAAGCGGUUCGCGAACGGCUACGACUUUAAACACAUAACAAGCUCUCCGAAAUUUUCUCAGAGUAACGGAGCCGCCGAAGCGGCCGUCAAGAUCGCUAAGAACAUUAUAAAAAAAUGUGACGACGUAAAUCUAGGCCUCCUAUCUUAUAGAACGACACCACUAGAAAACG